AUGGCAGCUAAAGAAGAAGAUGGUCAACAACCACAAGUGGAAGCUGCAGAAUCUGAUGUUGGAGAAUCACGACCUGAAAGAAACAGGAAGCUUACAGAAAGUGGUAAAUCAUACAAACAAGAACAGUAUUAUGGUACGUUCAGGAAGUUGAAAACAUUAGUGACACAAAUAAAAACUCUGAUGCUAGAAAACAAAAUUGACACAGAAGAUGUGAGAAAAAGAUACAGUAAAUGGUUACAGACAUACGAACACUUCUUGAAUUUAUUUGAUGAAUUUGCAAACCAGAUAGAUGAUAAAGCAGAACAGAAGAAGGUUUUUGCAGAUCACUAUGACUAUGACAUCUACCUGAUGAACUUUAAGAAAGAAGUUGAAGAAUAUUUCUCUCGCAUAGAAGAGGUCAGAAGUAAGAUUAGCAAAGUGAAAAGUCGUAGAGAAUCAUGCUCUUCAUAUGCAUCAAGCAUCUCCUCUCAAAGGAUCAAAGAAGAAACAAAGAUGGCCGAGUUGGAAGCUCGUAAAUCUGUUCUUAAAAGAAAAAAGCAACUUGAGAUGGCUAAGCUACAGCUAAAGUUAGAAGAGGAGGAGUUAGACAUUGAUACAGGAAUUGCAGUGUCGCAGGCUAAAAAUGAAAUUCUACAAAAAUACGAAAACAUUUCUGAUGAACAGUCUGUCAAACGGCAUGUCAUUGAAGAUGAAGGAAGUGUUAACUGUCCUAGGCUGCUAAUUCCAAAACCUUCACCACGUACUAUCAGAUUUCCACAAGAAUUUGGCUCGCAGUUAUCUUACCCUUUGGAUCCAAAUGCUAAAACCUUUGAACCAAAGUCUCCACACAUUGUUGAAAACAAUCAAAACCCUAUGAAUGAUGUCGUCCAAUAUUUGAGAAGACCCCUACCAGAAAUAAAAAAGUUUAGCGGAGACCCAUUGGAAUACAGGAGGUUUAUAAGACAAUUCAAUGCAAAGGUUGUGGCGAACACCAAAGACGAUGACGAAAGGAUGAACUACCUUGAACAGAUGACGCAAGGUGAAGCGAACCGUGUCGUAUCUGGAUUCGCACACAUGUCUGGAGACAAAGGAUACCGAGCCGCAAUGAAGCAGUUGGAAGAAAGAUACGGAGACAGUGAACUGAUAGUGACAUCGUUCAUCAAGAAAGCUCUUGAUUGGCCUGUGAUCAAAGAUGCAAAAAUGUUGGACGAAUUUGCAUUGUUCUUGGUAGAAUGUCAAAACGCGUCAGAAAGCAUAGACUGUGUGUCAAUCUUGGACUAUGCUGAAAAUAUCAAGAGGCUUUUGUCAAAACUUCCAAUAUAUCUACAUGAUCGAUGGAGAACUGCAGUCCUGAAAAUUAAAGAGACUAAGAGAAGAAUAGGAUUUAGUGACUUUGUGACCUUUGUGAAAACUGAGGCAAAGAAAUCUAAUGAUCCUAUAUAUGGAGUUUCAUCGUUGAGUGGAAAUGCACGUACACAGCCUGAUAAGCACCAGAAAAGAACAGUCGCAUCAGGAAGCCUAAGUAGUGAAAAGGAAUCAACUGGAGCAUCAGUGUUGAAAUGUGAAUUUUGCGGUAGCGCCGGCCACGUGUUGAUGGAUUGUUACAGAUUUCAAAAAAUCGGUAUCCAAGAGAGAUAUAACUUUAUGAAAAAUAACGGACUUUGUUAUGGAUGCCUAAAAAAGGGACAUGUAACCAAGAAGUGUAGAAACAGACUAAAGUGUGUUUCAUGUGGGCGUCAACACCCUACCAUUCUCCAUGACCCAUCAAGAUCAACACUGAAUUCUCCAAGGCUCAGUAGGGAAGAACACAACAACUCAGUUCCAUCAAGUUCUAAAGUUGAUCAACCCGUCACCCAAAAAGCGAGUUCUGAUGUCGGUGCUUGUUGUGAUACUGGGGCCGGAGAGCAAACAUCAGCCAUGGCGAUAAUUCCUGUGAGAAUUAAGUUGAAAAACAAGAACCAUAGCGUCAUUACAUACGCCUUCUUUGACUCAGGAAGCAGCGUUACUUUCUGUUCUGAAAACCUCAUGCGACAACUAGGCAUUAGUGGAAAGAAAUGUAACAUCACUUUGAACACAAUUGGAGAACCUUAUCAGUUAGCAUCCCAGUCUGUCAGAGGCCUACAACUCUGUGAUAUGAACAUGACAGAAUUCAUAGAUCUUCCAAAAAUCUAUACAAAAGACAAGAUGCCUGUCACUCAUGAACAUAUUCCAAAAGAGGAGGAAAUUUCAAAGUGGGAUCAUUUAUCGAACAUAACAAUCCCAAACGUUGCUGCUGAAAUUGGCCUUCUUAUUGGCAGCAAUGUCCCAGACGCUUAUGCUCCAUUUGAAGUGGUAACCGGACCAAGUGGAUCUCCUCACGCUACAAAGACACGCUUAGGGUGGAUUGUUUGGAAUGUACUGAGAGAAGUCGGAUCAGGAUCAUAUGAUGUGAACAAAGUGACACUUGAGCGGUACUGUGAAUGUGACAAUAAGCUGGAAGAAUUAGUGAAAGCGUCAAUUAAUUCAGACUUUCCAGAGCGCAUGAUAGCAGAAAAGAAAGAACAUUCAGUAGAGGACAAAACCUUUCUGAGCCAAGUUGAAAAGUCCAUCAAACAAGUGAAUGGUCAUUACUCAAUAGGACUUCCCUUUAGAAACAAUUCUGUGAGCUUGCCAAAUAAUAGGAUUCAAGGACUACAGAGACUCGAAUGUUUGAAGAAGAAGAUGUUGAAAAAUCAACAAUUUAGAACUGAUUACACAGUUUUCAUGAAUAAAUUAUUUGAGAAAGACUUUGUUGAGCCGGUUCCUGAGAUGCAACUACAAAGGGAUGACGGACGUGUAUGGUAUCUCCCUCACCAUGGCGUGUACCAUGCAAAGAAGCCAGGGAAAAUACGAGUGGUAUUUGACUGUUCUGCUGUUUUUAGAGGUGUGUCUCUAAAUAGUCAACUACUUCAAGGACCUGACUUAACUAACAGUCUCUUGGGAGUGCUUCUAAGAUUUCGACAGGAACGUAUCGCGAUACAAAGUGACAUUGAAUCUAUGUUCCAUCAAGUUGCAGUACCAGAAGAGGAUAGAGACUGCAUGAGAUUUUUCUGGUGGAAAGACGGAAAUCUGAGUGCUGAACCUAAACAGUACAGGAUGAAAGUACAUAUUUUUGGGGCUGUCUCAUCACCUACCUGCUGUAAUUAUGCUUUGAAGAAAACUGCUGAGGAACAUGGAGGCGAAUAUGAUCAAAGCAUACAGAAUACGGUAAUGAAAAAUAUGUACGUGGACGACUGCCUAACAUCAGUUGAUACAGAGGAGAAAGCCAAAUACCUCAUCAAAGAUCUGAUGGCCCUUUGUAAACAAGGAGGAUUUCGGUUAACAAAGUGGUUAAGUAACUGUAAGGAGGUAUUGGAGUCCGUCCCGGAAGAAGAUAGAGCAGAAGACAUCAAAAAAUUUAGUCUGAAUGAAGAAACUCUGAUUGAACGAGCCCUUGGAGUUUAUUGGUUCGUGGAAGAUGAUUCCUUAGGGUUUCAGAUACAGUUGAAGGACCAUCCUACAACAAGAAGAGGUAUACUCUCUGUGACAAGUUCCAUUUAUGACCCACUUGGCAUUGUAGCGCCAUUCGUUUUGACAGCUAAAUCCCUACUCCAACAGUUGUGUCAAGAUGGUGUAAGGUGGGACGAGGAAAUUGAUGAAACCAUGCUAAAGAAAUGGAACAACUGGCUCGUGCAAGCGAAACAUCUGGAGGACAUAAAAAUUGAAAGAUGUUACAAACCAAAGAAUAUUGGACAUUCUGUUUCAUACCAGUUACAUUGUUUUGCGGACGCAAGCACACUUGGCAUGGGAGUUGUCAUAUAUUUGCGUAUGUCUGAUGAGCAUGGAAAUGUACAUUGUUCCUUUGUCAUGGGUAAAUCAAGAGUGGCACCAUUGAAAACAAUGACAAUUCCUAGGAUGGAGCUCGCAGCUGCGACCCUAGCCGUCAAGUUAAGCAGACUUGUGGACGAGCAAUUAGACUUUCCUAUAGAGAAAAUACAUUUCUGGACAGACAGUACAACAGUACUUCGCUACAUUGCUAACACCAAGACUAGAUUCCAAACUUUUGUCGCCAAUCGACUUGCCAUUAUCAACACCCAUACAACCUUUGAUCAAUGGCAUUAUGUGAACACGAAAGAAAAUCCUGCUGACUGUGCAUCUAGAGGAGUAUCUGUCAUCGGUAAAUUCAUGGAUCAUCAGUUGUGGUUCCGUGGACCUGAAUUCCUCCUAGGACCAGAAUCUACAUGGAUUUCGAACUGUGACAUUGAUACUUCCAUUGGGGUUGACGAUGUGGAAGUGAAAAAAUGUACCAACACUACCCUUAUACAGUCUUCCUCCAAUGGUGUUGAAAAACUUCUUCAGCAUUUCUCAGAUUGGAAAAGACUUAAAGUCACGGUUGGAUGGUUCUUGAAAGCCAAGGACAACCUGAGAAAAUUAGUCAAGCAGAAAAUAGAAAGAAGAGAAAAAAUGAUGGACGCUGGAGCUUCAGAGGAGAGCAUCACGCAUAUUGAGAAAGUGGAAAGUGAAGCCAGAGUGAAGGAGUCCAAGAAGGCAAAGGAACUUCCCUUUCUCAGUACUGAUAUUCUUGACAGAGCUGAAAGAGAACUUAUAGCAUAUGAGCAAAGACAGUAUUAUGCAGAUGAAUUAAAAAUUCUCGGAGACAAUCACGGAUAUGUCAAAAAAUCGUCCCAACUUUCUAGACUAGAUCCAAUUCUACACGAAGGACUCAUUAAAGUAGGGGGCAGACUAGAAAAGCUAAACGCACCCUUUACCACAAAACAUCAGAUGAUCAUUCCAAAAAAUUCCACACUGGCUAAGAUGAUUGUUAUAGAUGCCCACAGAUCUGCAGGACACAUGGGCAAGAAUUCUACUUUAGCAGUCAUUCGGGAGAAGUUUUGGAUACCUGGUAUCUCAUCAGUGUUGAAAUCCCUUAUCUCGAAAUGCGUUAUAUGCAGACGAUACCAGUCUCCUCCAAUGCAUCAAAAAAUGGCCAAUUUACCCUCUGAAAGAUUGGAAACAGAUGAUCCUCCAUUCACUCGUGUCGGUAUGGACUACUUUGGACCAUUUGAAUUGAAGAGAGGAAGGAGUAUGGUGAAAAGAUAUGGUGUAAUAUUUACCUGUCUUAAUACGAGAGCAGUCCAUCUCGAAGUGUCAUUCUCUUUGGAUACUGAUUCGUGUAUUCAUGCUAUUCGUAGAUUUAUCGCACGGAGGGGACAACCUAAAUUGAUUCGAUCAGACAAUGGCACAAAUUUAGUGGGUGCAGAGAGGGAAUUAAGAGAAGCUAUCAAGACAUGGAACGUUGACCAAAUUCAUUCUCACUUGUUGAAGUCAGGGAUAGGUUGGACAUUUAACCCACCAUCAGCCUCACAUUUUGGGGGUGUCUGGGAACGACUUAUCAGAUCUGUAAGAAAGGUGAUAUUUUCCGUCUUACAUGAACAGACUAUUCAUCUGGACGACGAAGGACUCACGACUUUGUUCUGUGAAGUUGAAGCGAUUCUCAAUGGAAGACCCUUGACACCUUCAUCAGACAACCCUAGUGAUCUAAGCGCUUUGACACCAAACCAUCUGCUACUUCUUAGAUCUGGAGAAACUUGCCCACCUGGAACCUUUUCACAGACGGACAACUACGUUCGACGCAGAUGGCGCCAGAUUCAAUAUCUCGCAGACAUCUUCUGGAGAAGAUGGAUUAAGGAGUAUCUACCCCUACUUCAGGGCAGACAGAAGUGGUUGAAGGAGGGACGCAAUGUUAAAGAAGGUGAUCUGGUUCUUAUCGUUGAGAAUGGCCCAAGGAAUUAUUGGAAUCUCGGACGAGUACUUGAGGUUGAAAAGGACAGACAUGAUAUUGUGCGCGUUGUGAAAGUGAAAACUGUGUCGAAUAUUCUUACGCGUCCAAUAACGAAACUGUGUCUUGUGUUAGAGUCCGAUGAAAGAGACUAA